AUGACGAGUCUUGCCUCGUGGAAUACCCGGGGUCUCUGUAAUCUCUCCCACCAGAGAGCUUUAAGAGAUCUCAUUCGUGAUUCUAAUCUUCAUAUCUGUGCGGCUCUUGAGUCUCGCGCCCUUGUCUCUAAUCUUCCUCCUAUCUGUGAGAAAGUCUUUGGAUCUUGGUCUUGGACCUCUAAUGGCACUCUUUGUUCUAGAGGAACUCGUAUCAUUGUUGCUUGGAAUCCUGACCAUGUUGACAUGAUGCUCUUAAAUGCCACCGACCAGGUGAUGCACUUUCAGGCUAAGAUCUGGGAUUCCUCUAAGUCUCUCUUCUUGUCUUUUGUGUAUGCGGACAAUUACCAUAUCGCCCGUCGUCAGUUAUGGACUUCUCUGAAGGGUCAUAAGCAUGUCGUCAAGGACGCCCCAUGGUUCAUCAUGGGAGAUUUCAAUGCUGCCCUUGACCCGAAGGACAGCUCUUCUGGCUUUUCGGGCCCCCCUCGUGGUAUGGAUGAUUUCCGCGAGUGUGUCCGUAACCUUGAGGUUGAGGAUAUCAACUUCAAAGGCCUCUUCUUUACCUGGUCUAAGAACCCYAAUGGCACGGGAGGUCUCCUCAAGAAGAUCGAUCGUGUCUUAGGGAAYUCCCUGUCCCUUGCUCAUUUCYCUUCGGCUUCUGUCAUCUUUCUUCCUUACCGGUCUUCGGACCAUUGCCCUGCGGUCCUUACCCUUCCCUCCCGGUCCCCUUGGAAGCCUAAACCUUUCAAGUUCCCUAAUUUUCUUGCUCAUAAAGAGGCUUUCAACUCUGUCGUUGCCUCGAGCUGGAGUCCUGACCUGUCUGGUUAUGAGAUGUAUAAGGUUUUCCUAAACCUUAAAAAUCUCAAAGGCCCUAUCCGUAAGUUCCUCAAAGAUCAGGGUAACCUGUUCUCCAAUGUCUCUAGAAUCCGGCUUGAGCUCGACAGGGUCCAGAUUGCCCUUGAUAGGGACCCUGAAAACGUGGACCUCCGAGAGGAGCACUGUGGGUAUUUAUCUGCCUAUAAUAGUGCCUGCCUUGAUGAGGAAAGGUUCCUGAAGCAAAAAGCCAAAAUCCAAUGGCUCCGUGAGGGAGAUAAAAACUCUGCUUUCUUCCAUAAAUCUGUCAAGAGCCGUAUCAGCCGGAAUAAUAUUGACACCAUCCAAAAUGCUGAUGGUAUCUGGAUCCCUAAUGUUGAGGUUCCUGAUCUUUUUGUCUCCCACUUCUAG